AUGGAUGUCCAGUGGGCACUAUGUCUGUCUUCAAGUGCAGAAGAGAAUGCAAAAAUGAGACAAAGAGACUGGGAGCAGGGAAAGGGGCCAAUGAAUGAGCAAGAAAGAAGGAAGAAAGAACAAGGCCCUUCCUUUUUGACCACAGCAGUUACUGAACCAGAUCAGCAACCUGUGCGGGGAGGUCUGUGCACACCCAGUUGUUUACCAGCCUCACUGUACCUGGUCCCUGUAGGCCCUGUGAGCCUCUUCCUAGCAGCCAGCCAGACAUCCCCUGACACGGCUCCAUGCCAUUCUCUUGUUUUGCUUUCUACGGUUGCAACAAUACCUGGGGUCUUGGAUGUUGACAGGAGAGGUCCAUCCCCUGCUCGUGGUCCUGGAGACAAAGCACAUCUGCUGGAGGGACGGCUUUCCAGCUUGGAGAGGACCACAUCCUUCCUUCUUCAUCAGGCCUUCAGAAUCAAGAAUGACAUUGUCUCCUACCUCCAGGAAACCACAGGCUUUCAGCACAGGGAGACUGCUGCUCGGCAGCUACUGGAGAACCACGUGCAGACCAUAACAGGCAUAACUGAAAAGCUCAGCCAGGACAUUCAGGUUUUGGAGAGACAAAUAAGAACAAGAGAUGGUGCCACAGUGCAAACCAAUUUUGCUAUUCAAAGCCUGGACCAUAAAUAUAUCCAGAGUCUUGGAGACCUGCGUGGAAGAGUGGUGAGAUGUGAGUCAAGUAUUGCACAGCUAUCAGGAGACAUCCGUGUUAUCAGGCAUGAAGUCCAGAACAUUGAUAAGGAGAUCUACAGCCUCCGCUCUACCCUCAAAAAUCAUGUUGGCAGAUUUGAGAAGAUGAUAAUGCAGCUCUUAGGCAAGAUAGAGACUUCCAGCUCCGAUCAAAGCUCAAAUUUAAAGAUGUUCCAGGGAGAUCAACAUCACGAAUUGCAACUUCUGGAUUUCAAGUUGACAAGCACUCUAAAUGACUUCAAAGAUCAGAUCCAGAAUCAGCGGAAGUGGAUGGAGGCACAGCUGACACAAUCUGAAGAUCGAAUGCAGUACCAGCACCAGCUGCUCAUAGCGAUGAAGGAGAGGCUGGAAGCAGCAGAAAAGAAAAUAGAUGAGAAGCUUCUACUUCUGUCACUACAGCUAGAGCAAUCAGACAACCCAGAGAAACACAAAAGGCAGCUGAACCAUGUGAAGAGUGAUGAAAAAAACCUGCAUGCAAGAAUCACCAGGCUUGAAAGACAGAUUUGGAAGGAGCUCGAGGAAAUCCAGGAGGAAUACAGAUCAGGAUUUCAAUCCAUUCACGAGUCUCUGGAGCUGCUCAAACAAAUACAGAACGCAAAGCUGAAACUUGAAAAGAAGAAAACUGAGAAAUACAAAAAAAGAUACAAAGCAAGAGACUUUCCAUGAGAUUGAACUGCAGAAAGAAAUCCUUAUAAACACACUCAGAUGCUCUCUCCAAUGAGAAGCAGCACUGGAUUAAACACACUCAGCUUUGUUUUCCCCUGUUGCUGUAGGAUGCUCUUGUGACUUGGCAUAUUGGACAGCUGCAAAAAUAACAGCCCUGCUGCACCUGCAGCCAUUUUCAAGUUCACAAUUAGAAGUACACAAAUAAAAGAUUUAAGUACGGA